CGAAGCUGGAUUGGAAUCCCGAUUCUGGCGCAGCGCAGAGAGCUCCGGUGUAGACGGCCACGACCAUGCAUGCUACGCGUUGCAAUCGCAUUAUCAUUAGUCGCAUACCGUCAAACAAUUCACAGUAGCGAGCAGCAAACGAUAUAGCAUUUACUCAUGCCGAACGAUCCAUCCCUUUGCGACGUCUUUCGACCCUGACCACCCCCCCAGCUUGCGAUGCCGAUUUGUAUCGAGUGCCGCCAUCCGGUCAAGACACUAUGGACCAAAUACUCCAAUGCUGAUGACAAGUCGAGCGGUCACAACAUCCGCCUGACGGUUUGCAGAAAUUGCGGCCACUUUUGCGACAAAUACGUCGAGCACGAUUUCGUGGUGCUGUUCAUCGAUCUCGUCCUGAUUAAACCCCAGGUCUAUCGUCAUCUAUUGCACAAUACCUUAAUGAAGGAUGACGACCGUUUUGAUUCAUCCAUCGUACGACUCGGCAUCCUUUUGCUUCUAUUCGACGUCUACUUGACAUGGGCGCGCAUUGAGAAGCAGACGGUGCCCAUCUCUGCUCGGGGCGAGGGCGCCAACCUGGGCAGCUUGGCACAGCAGUCUAUCGUGUCCCAAUACUUCUUCUUCCUCAUCCUUUGCGCUUUGUCGACAUUUGCCUUCCAUAUGAGCAUUCGCUUCCUGACUUCAUCCAAGUUCUCUCCGCUGAACUUCUUCAACAUCUUAACCCGAUAUUCGCGUCCGAACUCCGUAUCGACCGCACUCCUCGUCUCGUCUUCGACCAAGCUAUUUCCGAUACUCAUGGUCAUAUGGCAGUACGAUGUCCCAGCUGCGGCUCGGUCGCUGGGCUGGGCCGUCGUAGCAAACAACGUCGAGGCCCUUCGUAUUCUGCUGGAUUGCGGGUACGGCGUUGCCACUUUGCUCGCCACGCUGGGAGCUCUAGCCCGGUGGACAGUGGGACGUAGUGUUCUCUGGGCUGCCGGGCUAGAUGGAGUGGACUCUAUCGGAGAGACGAGCAUUGCUGCAGAUGGCAAAGCCCUCUGGGCUCUGUUGAUGUACGUGAGAGAGUGGGCAAGUGAUCUAGCCGCGGGGUAACAGGUAGUAUAUAGCUGUAGAAGCCAGG